CAUGAAAUGCUGAAACAUAGGUUCUUGUAGCCAUUCCGCACCACGAUUUACAUUACCUGCUGUUGCCACCUUAGGUCGCAUCAAAACUCUUGCAAUCUCUUUUCUCCGAAGCAAUGGCAGAUCCCCUUUCCAUAAUCGCUAGCGUUCUUGCCAUUAUCGCAACCGCAGUUAAGGUAGCCACAACAGUUUACAGCAUCGCUGAUAAAAUGAUUGCCGCGCCCCGCGAACUACGUGAAGUAGGAGCUAACAUGAAUAUAUUAGCCACGAUCCUUGAGAGUCUAGCUGAGGUUCUAGACAAGGGGAAAGGCUUGUAUAAGGAAGCUUUGAUUAACACGAUCCAGUCGAUUUUGAAACGAUUUGAAGCCGUCCAAAAGGACGUAAUGGAGAUUUUGGGGAAGAAGCAACAAGGGGUUCGAAGACGAGUAGCGUGGUACUUAAAGGCCCCAAAAUUGGCGGAUUCAUUGAUCCGAAUUGAGGGCUUGAAAAGUGCGACACAACUUGUGCUUUCGAUGAUGAACCUAGCGAUAGUGCAAACAGAUAAAGAUAAAGGAAAGCGUUUUCGUGUGCUCGUAGAGUCAGUCAUCCGGGAGAACCGCCAAACAGUCAUUAAUGCGCAAGAACAUCAAUCCAGAAAUUUACCUCAUGAAUCGAUUGAUCGACCUCGUGGUUCUUCUUUUCAUUCCUACACUGGAAGACCAUCUGCUCCACACGUACCCAACACUCCAACUCAGAGAAAAGACAGCGAGGUUGAAGUUGAGCGAACUAUAUCAGAUCUUGGCUCCCACACACCGGCCCACGACGCCGUGGCGCUCAAUGUCACGGACGGUCGCUCGGAUCGUAGACCAUCUUGGAAGUUCAACUCCCCGGUACAUUCGGCAUAUCCCGAGCUGCAAAUCCAUAAUUCUGAGCAUUCCUCUGGUGAGAUACACGGCAAACACCAGAUUAGGAGUAGAAGUUUGCCUCGAGAUUCUCAUGAUGAUAGUAUGGCUUUAUUGGCAAAGAAACCUCAGGAUGACACUGCUACAUGGCUCUACCAGCUUGUCUUUGACCCAGAAAUACAGGUAGAGAGUGCUCUGCAGAGCAAUGGAGAAGUCGGCCUUAACGCCUCAAAAAAUGAUCUGGUUGACUCCCCUGCAUCAAUACACAAGCUGGGUUACAAAAAUAACUCGAGCGAAAACUCUCCCCUACAUGCACCUUUCAAGCAGCUACAGUAUCCUAUUCGUAAAUUUCUACCACCACCAGUAGUCUUGGUGGAGAGAAUGCAGGAGAUUGAGAUAUCCACAGUAAUCUUCAGGCUCUUGAAGCAAUGGACAGUUCUCGGCCCUGAAGAGAUCGAUCUGAUCGCCUCUGAGAAUCGACACUACAUGGACCAGAAGCCUGAGUCAGCCUCCUCUGAUGCAUCUGAGGCUGAGUCAGGCUGCCCUGGUGACGAACCCGAUUCCUACGAAAACAAACCAUCUCCUCCUCCUAAUACUAGCAGAGAGGACAUCUUGCUACAGAAGCUCGAGAAGCUUCUGCUAGACAGGACUGAGGAAGAUAAAAAGAAAACAGAAUUGAGAUUCUCUCAACUGGAGUCGCUCCUCAUUGAUGAACGAAAUUCUCGCAUUGAGAAGAAUAUAGCGAAGAAGAAGGCCGCACAAGAGGCUGCAGAAGCUGCAGCAAACUGCGCCGCUGAAGCAAAAAAGAAGAGAGAUGAAGAUAAGUUAGCGGAGAUCGUUAAUCUCAUUCUGGCUCAGAAGGAUGAGCAAUUGAAGCGAGAAGCAGCAUUGGAGGCUAUGCUGGCGGCCGAGAGAGCUGAGGCAAAGUCCAGAGCUACGAAAGAAGAAGCAGAGAAGCAAGCCGCCAUCGAUGCUGCUACGACGUUGGUCCAAGCAGCCAAGAAUGCCAGAGAAGAAGCUGAAACUAUAGCCGCCAAGGAAGCCGAAAAGAUGAAGGUCGCUCACGAGAACACGCUCGCUGAAGCCAAGGCAUCUUUUGAAAAGCUGGACAGGGCGAAGAAGGCAGCGGAGGAAGAGACAAUAAAGAUGAAGGCUGAGGAAAACGAUAAAAAGCCUGCGGUUCAAUUCAAAGACGUCAUGGGCCGUAAGUACAGUCUUCCGUGGCACUUGUGUAAGACGUGGAAGGUAUGUAUCCAGCUUGUGAACGAUGACUAUAAGUUGAUACCAGCUGGUCCAAUAGGUAAUGGAGGAUCUCAUCAAGCAAGUCUUUCUUAAUGUGGAUAUCGUUGGUCG